UGAGAUUGCAGAUAUGUCUAUCCAAUCUCCACAGGCUGUCUUCAUUCGGAUCCGGCUAAACAUGGAAGGCAAUUUCACCAUCCAAGCCCUUCAAGCUGGCCGAGUCUCCAUGGAGGUCAUGUUUCACCAUGCCGACGACGUCAAAGGCAUGGACGCGUCUUCCGCCUCGCAUGUCGUCGGAUCACUGCAGCCAGUGUCUGACAACAAUCUUGAUUACCCAGUGACGGUGUACAGAAAACAACGGAUGGCAGAUUUUGUGUUCAAUAGUGCAGCUGCAGCCAUAGCAAUUAUAAUAAGCUUUGGAAUAGGAUGUGCUACGAAAGUUGAUUUGGUCAAGCACCAAUUGAAAUUCCCUGUCUCUCUACUGGUCGGAUUUUGCUGCCAGAUCAUCAUUAUGCCAAUGCUUGCCUUUGGACUGGCCUACUUCCUGCAGAUUGACGAUGAGACCAGGUUUGGUUUUCUGUGCGUGGCCUGUGUACCAGGGGGAGGGAUGGGUCACAUGGCCACUGUCAUCUCCAAGAACAGCGUCCCCCUCAGCCUUACAACUAACAUGAUCAGCGUGGUCUCUAUGUUAGGAACAGCUCCAUUGUGGAUAUUUGUACUUGGCAAGUAUUUCCAUUCAACAAAAGGAUCUAAAACCAUUCCAAUCUACUACUUUGAGAUUUGGUUAGCAGCGACUUUUUUCGCAUAUUCUCUAGGACUGUUGACAAGCCGUUUCAAGCAGACGUUGGCUGAAGGCUUGCUAACCUGGAUCAUCAAACCUCUCCUCCUCCUAACAACCAUUCUCUACAUCACAGUUGGAGUUUACAUCAAUAUGUAUGUGUUUCAGGACGUUAAUGGUGAUGCCCUUUUAGGGGCCAUAUUGUUGCCCUUUUCAGGUUUUUUUGUGGGCUACCUACUGGCACUUAUCUUCCGACAAAAGCCAGAGUUUAGGAAGACUAUAGCCACGGAGACAUCAAGUUUGAACUGUUUAAUUGUGGUUGCGGCACUACGCUUCUCACUGGACCAGCCAGAUGCUGACAUGGCGUCAAUUGCACCUAUUUGGGUAAUGUUUACGAUACCAGGGAUGUACAUAUCACUGACUAUUCUCAAAAAAUUCAUGAAUUGUGUGGCAGGGUUCUUGGAAAACCAGAAACAGAAACAGUACAAAAAUUUCACACUGGCCUCUGGGAUUAUCAACCAGGCCAACAUGACAACCCUGUCAGCGCCACUAUUUAUAGGUGAAACUAUAGAUGACAGUAAUGUCAAUUCUAAUGAGAAAGUCACCGUUUUAUAGCCUGCAAUCCACCUGUAAAGGAGAAACAUAUUUAAAACUCAGUGUGCGUGUGUGCAAGAGUGCCUGGGUGAUGAUGUCUCAAAUCAAGCAGGUUUUCAACUUUCGUCAUAUUUUGGUCUUAUUUCAAACUUAAUUCUCAUAUACUGACUUUAAUACACGGUUUGUUGUUGUUGACCAUUUACAUAAUUUAAACAGGGAAUAUUUACUGUGUUUACAUUUACAAGUGAACUAUAUUGAUGAUGCUGAACAUUGUAAGUUUUUAACCUUUACCACAGAGUUUUCACUGUUAUGGACCACCACCUAUGUACUAUGUCUCAGAAGUAUCACACCUUCACAGGUGUCACAAGCACUUCAUUUCAUGUAGUUUUUAACCAAAUCCUUUUAUUAAACUUAAGU